GGAUAUUUUGCCUGCAUGUUUGUCUGUGCAGCAUGCAACAUGUCUGUGUCUGGUUCCCUCAUCACAUUCCCUGAAGCUGGAGUUCCAGGUGGUUGUGUUAUCUCUCCAGCCCUCUUUUUACUUUUGACAACUGGUCUCGUCAGUUGCCUAGUCUGGCCUAAACAUUCGCUCUUCCUGCCUUAGACUACAGAGCAGCCCAGGCCUUCCUUCUACUAAGUUUUAUGGUGCUUCUCCCACACCCAUUAUUUUGAGGGGCUCUUCUCCUCAGAGAACACUAUUUACAGAAGUCUCUCUCUUCCUUCUCUCCUCUCUUCCAUUGCUGGGGCAGCUACAGGACUUGUCUUACUUGUGACUGUUUAUUGGCGUUCUGAUAUUAUAGACAAGACAAAGGCAAGAAACUUAUGUUUUACACUUCCAAUUCAGGACCUUGCAGAGGAGAAGUAUGGGAAACAGAGCUCAAAGAGGUGGAGCCAUUUUGUCCAUAUAUCACAGCAGAGCUAAAUAAAGGCUCUAGUUUCUAGAUCUUUCUCCACCCUCAACUCCACGGGCAUGAAGUGGCAAAACUUAAAGGUGUGAUGAUAAACCCCUGUCAAACAGUCAGUUCAAGGUCAUCCUCAGCUCUAGAGGGGGUCUGAAGUCAACUAUGGGCUUCAGACCCUGCCUAAAGAAAAAAAGACCAUUUUUUGAGCUGGGACUUGUGGUAUAGCUCAGUUUCAGUAAUCAUCCUGCCUCAGCCUGCAAAGAGCUGUGUCUACAGGGACACCUUACCCAACUUGGCCAUUUUUGUUCAUUUUGAGGUAGACAAUACGUUAUGCACAACUGGUAUAGCAACAUUACUAUAAAGGAACUAAUUAAUCACCGUUACUCAUGCUCUCCUGUGGAAAGAAAGAGCAGUUUGAAUUUCAUUUAGUAAAAAAAUCUUGAGUCAGUAAACAAAAAAUGUGAGCACAAGAUGCAGCCCUGAGCUUGCAGGACUCACCCUAAUCUCGGUGCCAGCAGAAUGACUGCAUUUAACAUUUGACAUUUUGUUCACAGCGGGUCUACUUUUUCCAUUGGUAUUUUAAAAUACUGCAUUAGAAUAUUAUCUUGAUGAUUAAUUUCUGAGCUCGAGGAACUCACUCCCUCCAGAGCUGUUUCUGUUUUACCGUCCCCAGCUGGAGUGACCUAUCUUUUGGGGAAACUGAGAUCCGGAGCGGCGGGGAGCUCUGGGGACAGGCUGUCGCUGACCUUUGCUUAUCGUCCGUCCUCUCAUUAAAUCCCCGUCUGCCAGAGACCUUUCUGCCGCCUGCGUGGUCGAGAUAGCGACGCGGCCAGGCCGUGACAUUUUAGAGGCUCCGACUCGCCCAGCACCAGCCCCUGCCUCGCCACCCUCUAGGACUGAGAGAACGCGUCUGUGACGUCAUCGAAUUCCGAGUCCGGCCUCCGCCGCUGACGUCACAGAAGGGCAGCGCUGAGUCGCAGCGUUCCUUAGGGGACGUGAGCAGGAGAGGCCAGAAAGUGGCCCAGCAAGGAGGAAGUCUUGUGGUUCCCAUCAGUACGUAGGAGCAGAACUACAACUCCCGACGCUCCCUGCACCUGUGCAAGAGAGCGCGACAAACUUUUGGACGAGAUUGCUAUCUCCUUGGUCCAACCAGAAGGCCGACUUUAGAGCGUCAUCCCACCCCUCUGUAAUUCCCAGAGCUGCUUCCUCGCGCGAGUGACGGGCUUCGCUGCCUUCUAGGGUUCAGAUUCCUCUGACGGACGUCCGAACCGAGGAAUCCGAGCUCGGAGAAGUCCAGAGGGUGUUGAAAAGCGUGGACGGUAGCCAAUAGCAUGCUGCAAGGGUCCGGCGCCGUCCAAUCGCUGCUCUGGAGCCCCGCCCCGACGCGUGACGCAGUAGGGUGGGUAGCAACAGUUGCCCCGGUGAGGGAAACGGAGGCGCCAUAGCCACGGUAGUCGUGGCGACCAAGCAACCCAGCAACGCCAGUCAACAACAACAACCGAGGCCGCCCCCCGCCCCCACGCCCCCGGCCCGGCCUGGGGACCCCGGCGCGCUCGGUCCCCUCUGCACAGCGCCCACGCACCUCCUCAAAGCCUUCCGCGGACACAAGUGCGGAGAAGCCGAGGAAGAGGAAAACCGCCUUAUUUAUUAUCAUUCACUGUUGGCAUGGCAACACAGUCCUAUGUUACUGAGCUACAGGCAGCCCCACAAGCGUCCCAGCCGCCACAAGCCCCACCCCAGGCCCUGCCCCAGCCACCACCCCCAGCAGCACCCCAGCCUCCUGCUGCAGCAACUCCCCAGCCCCAGUAUGUCACCGAGCUGCAGAGCCCCCCUCCGCAGACGCAGCCUCCGGGCAGCCAGAAGCAGUAUGUGGCCGAGCUUCCAGCUGCCCCUGCGCCCUCACAGCCUGCCACACCUGCCCCAUCCCCUGUGGCUCAGCAGUACAUCGUGGUCACCGUCUCGGAAGGUGCCCUGCGAGCUAGUGAGACUGUGUCAGAGGCCAGCCCCAGUUCCACAGCAAGCCAGACCGGUGUCCCCACCCAGGUGGUACAGCAGGUGCAGGGCAGCCAGCAGCGGCUGCUGGUCCAGGCCAGUGUGCAGGCCAAGCCAGGCCACGUGUCACCCCUGCAGCUUACCAAUAUCCAGGUGCCACAGCAGGCUGUCCCCACACAGCACCUGGUGGUGCAGAGCACAGCACCGGGCACGAAGGGUGGCCAGGUCUCCCUGACGGUGCACAGUGCCCAGCAGGUGCACUCCGCCCCUGAGAGGUCACCAGUGCAGGCCAACAACUCCACCAGCAAGACAGCUGGGGCUUCUGCAGGCACUGUGCAGCAACUACAGGUUCACAGCGUCCAGCAGAGCGUCCCUGUCACCCAGGAGAGGUCAGUAGUCCAGGCCACUCCACAGACCAAAGCUGGGCUGGUACAGCAGCUGACCGUGCAGGGACUGCAGCCAGUUCACGUUGCUCAAGAGGUCCAGCAGCUGCAGCAGGUGCCUGUCCCUCAUGUGUACCCCAGCCAGGUGCAGUAUGUGGAGGGUGGCGACGCCAGCUACUCAGCCAGUGCCAUCCGCUCUAGCACCUACCCCUACCCUGAGACGCCGAUCUACACACAGCCAGCAGGCACCAGCUACUAUGAGGCUUCAGGCGCACCCCCCCAGGUCAGCACACCAGCCACUUCCCAGACUGUGGCCAGCAGCGGCUCAGUACCCAUGUAUGUGUCCGGCAGCCCGAUUGUUGCCAGCUCCUCCAGCAGCGAGGCUGGGGCCAGCAACAGCAGCGUGGGUGCAGGAGGCAGCGGGGGAGGUGGCGGCAGCGGCAGCGGCAGUGGCGGUGGCGGCGGCGGCAGUGGAGCAGGCACCUAUGUGAUCCAAGGCGGCUACAUGCUAGGCAACGCCAGCCAGUCUUACUCCCACACCACCCGUGCCUCACCAGCCACGGUCCAGUGGCUCCUGGACAAUUAUGAGACCGCCGAGGGCGUGAGCCUGCCGCGGAGCACCCUCUACUGCCACUACCUACUGCACUGCCAGGAGCAGAAGCUGGAGCCAGUUAAUGCCGCCUCUUUCGGCAAGCUCAUCCGCUCGGUAUUCAUGGGUCUGCGCACGCGCCGCCUGGGCACCAGGGGCAACUCCAAGUAUCAUUAUUAUGGCUUGCGGAUCAAAGCCAGCUCACCCCUGCUGCGGCUGAUGGAGGACCAGCAACACAUGGCCAUGCGAGGCCAGCCCUUCUCCCAGAAACAGAGGCUCAAGCCCAUCCAGAAGAUGGAGGGCGUGGCCAACGGUGUUGCCGUGGGGCAGCAGAGCACAGGGCUGUCAGACAUCAGCGCCCAGGUGCAGCAGUACCAGCAGUUCCUGGAUGCCUCCAGGAGUCUCCCUGAUUUUGUUGAGCUGGAUCUCCAGGGCAAAGUGCUGCCUGAGGGCGUCGGCCCCGGGGAUGUCAAGGCCUUCCAGGUCCUGUACCGGGAACACUGUGAGGCCAUUGUGGAUGUCAUGGUAAAUCUCCAGUUCACGCUGGUGGAAACACUGUGGAAGACCUUCUGGAGAUAUAACCUUAGCCAGCCUAAUGAGGCACCACCGCUGGCCGUGCAUGACGAGGCAGAGAAGCGGCUGCCCAGAGCCAGUCUGGUGCUCCUCUCCAAGUUCCAGCCCGUGCUGCAGUGGACCAAGCGCUGUGACAACGUGCUGUACCAGGGCCUGGUGGAGAUCCUCAUCCCUGACGUUCUGCGGCCCAUCCCCAGUGCCUUGACCCAAGCAAUCCGGAACUUUGCCAAGAGCCUGGAGAGCUGGCUCACCCAUGCCAUGGUGAACAUCCCUGAGGAGAUGCUGCGGGUGAAGGUGGCAGCAGCCGGCGCCUUUGCACAGACGCUGCGGCGCUACACAUCACUCAACCACUUGGCACAGGCAGCGCGGGCCGUGUUGCAGAAUACAGCGCAGAUCAACCAGAUGCUGAGCGACCUCAACCGUGUGGACUUCGCAAAUGUGCAGGAGCAGGCCUCGUGGGUGUGCCGCUGCGAGGACCGUGUGGUGCAGCGUCUGGAGCAGGACUUCAAAGUGACGCUGCAGCAGCAGAACUCACUGGAGCAAUGGGCAGCCUGGCUGGACGGCGUCGUGAGCCAGGUGCUCAAGCCCUACCAGGGCAGUUCAGGCUUCCCCAAGGCGGCCAAGCUCUUCCUCCUCAAGUGGUCCUUCUACAGCUCCAUGGUAAUCCGGGACCUGACCCUGCGUAGCGCUGCCAGUUUCGGCUCCUUCCAUCUUAUCCGGCUACUCUAUGAUGAGUACAUGUACUAUCUGAUUGAGCACCGUGUGGCCCAGGCCAAGGGCGAGACCCCAAUCGCGGUCAUGGGAGAGUUUGCAAACCUGACCUCCUCGCUGAAUCCCUUGGAUCCUGACAAAGACGAGGAGGAAGAGGAGGAAGAGGAAAGUGAAGAUGAGCUGCCACAAGACAUCUCGCUGGCAGCCGGCAGCGAGUCCCCCGCGCUGGGCCCAGAAGCCCUAGAGCCACCUGCGAAGCUGGCACGGACUGACACACGUGGCCUCUUCGUGCAGGCCCUGCCCUCCAGCUAAGCCCGAGACAUCCCUGCCCCAUCCACCCACCCACCCGCAGCUACCGUCCCUCCAAGGGUCAGGGUCAGUCCCUCCGAGCCAAGGUCCGGUCCCUCAGCUUUUGUGGCUUCACUGUCACCCUUCCAGCCCACACCAGAGCUGGAGAGGGUCCCUGUGACAGGAAAGGCCAGGGGAGCCUCCCCUCACAUGGAGCCGAUACAAUCAUGGGCUGGGCUGGGCAGAACUGAAGCUGCAAACCCUGACACAAAGACGUGCCUUAAGGAACCUGCCCAGGUGCCCUCUCUCCUGCCCCAGCUCGUAGCCCUGUUCCCCUACACCACCCCAGAGGGCAGCAGGCUGGCUCCUCCCCUGCGAACUGUUAACUUAUUCUGCUCUCUGGCUUUGCACAGCCUGCCCGGGCAGACCCGAGCCUGGUCAGGCCAGGUGGGUGGCACUCGGGGACCCCCCACUGUCAGCAGCAGCAGUCCCACUGCUCCCCUUUCUUGGUAUAAGUGCAAUUAAAGCUGUGGGUGUCGCACCUUCUCCAGAGCUGGGUUCUCCUGGCCCCGCAGCCCAGAGAGGGGCAUAUUGUGAAGGGCCCCGGCCUCCAGCUUCCAAAGAGGAGCAUCCAGCUGGCUGCAGGGCCAGGUGCUCCAGACCAGAGGCCGCGCCCUGCGCCUUCCACCCUACCGGCUUGUGACCGAAACCUGCUCCCAGAGAUGCUUCUCCUCUGUGCCGUGCCCCUGACCCCUGUAACUAUUGUGAUUAGUGAGUGCCGCUUGAGCGGAGUCAGUAACUCGUUGGGUUUUUUUCCAACCAUCAUGGCCUUAUCCGUUCCCGUUUUCUCAGUGUCUUCAAUCUGUGAUAGAUGUUUAUGGAAAAAAAAGGAAAUCCGGCCUAUUGUAUAGAAAUCACUAUUUUGUGUGCUCCGCGUGCUACAGCUUUUGGGUGGUCCUGCACACGCCCCAUGGGGCCUCCCUUCCCAGUGGUGAAAGUAUCCACGCGCGUGGUAGUUUAGUGUGCUGUUUUCUACCUUUUUGUAGUCUUUCUUAAAACAAUAAAUACUGCUGUGAUCUUUGUCUACUG